UACUUCAUCUUCACCUCCUUCUGGGCCUACAAAAUCUACUUUGUGUUCGGGUUCACCCUCCUGGUCAUCCUCAUCCUGAUUGCAGUGACCAGCUGCGUCAGCAUUGUCUGCUCCUACUUCCUUCUGAACGGCGAAGACUAUCGGUGGCAAUGGGUCAGUUUCUGCUCGGGCGCCUCCACCGCCAUCUACAUCUACCUCUAUUCAAUCUACUACUUCAUCUUCAAGACCAGGAUGUUUGGACUCUUCCAAACGGUCUUCUACUUUGGAUACAUGGCGUUCUUCUGUGUCGCGCUGGGAUGCAUGUGUGGAGCUGUUGGCUAUUUGGCGUCGAGUGUGUUUGUACGCAAGAUCUACUCAACUGUUAAGAUCGACUAG